AUGUGGAUGCAACUACAGAACAAGCUUGCUACUACAAAUAGGUUGACUAAAUUGGGCAUGACAGUGGACAAAAAAUGCAAGCUAUGUAAAGUGGACCUGGAGAACAUAGAUCAUUUUUUGUGUUUUGUGAGUUCACCAAAACAUAAAGAGGAUAAAGAUCUACUGUGCAGUGAAUUAGUCAAGCAGGGGCCGACAGUAAAGGUGGAACAACAACAUCAACUUAUACAGCCUGUAACAGCAGAGGAAGUAAAGAAGGCAGUAUGGGAGAUACAAAGGGAUAAGUCACCUGGACCAGAUGGAUAUGGAAGUCAGUUCUACAAAGAUAGCUUGGAUACAGUGGGUGCAUAUGUAACAAAAGCAGUUCAAGACUUCUUCAGAAUGAAAUCAGUUCUACCAACUAUAAUAUCUGCUAAUCAGAGUGCAUUUGUGGAAGGAAGAACUAUAGUGCAGAAUAUACUAAUAUGCCAAGACCCGAUUGAUCUUAAGAAGGCAUAUGAUUCAGUGGAGUGGGCAUUUGUGAAGGAAAUGAUGGAAGCACUAGACUUUCCUGAGACAUUUACUGGAUGGGUUAUGCAAUGUGUAACAACAACACAGUAUAAAAUUGCAUUGAAUGGUGGUGUGCAUGGGAGUAUCAAGGGAAGAAGAUGA